CGCGGAAGCCACGACCACCGCACUUAGUGCUGAGUCAGCAGUUAGUAAAGGGGCGUGUCUCUUUCCGCGCAAGUAUUUAAGUGCGCGUACAAUGGUAAAACAUGGUCACUUGAUCUACUAUAUAGAGCGAAAAGGAAGCAAAAGCAACCAGUUUGCGGUGUUUGAGUUAGCGCGGAAGCCGGCUAGUUAGGUUGCCGUUGACUAAGGUAGUCUAUUUGGCCGCUGUACCGGCUUCACUAAUUGCCGCGGUGGGGAAGAGCGGGUGGGCGGGAGAGGGGGAGAAAAUAGACAGCUAAACAGCUAGUGGACGAAAAUCACGGAGUGGAAGCCGUGAUUUUCGCGCGAGGUGCGACUGCUGAUGUCCCUGGACGGCAUGUCGGGUCGGAGUGCCGGGUCUGAUCGCACUCCUACGAUCGAGGCUAAAGUCGUCAUACUAGGCACCCAAGUACUGAUCAGCACCGUGCCACUGCUCGGAACUGUAGCCACAGAAGUUCCAAUUCUGUUUAUCCGCACUUCCAGAAAGACUAUGAGUGUUGGCAAGACAUCACUAGUACUGAGACAUGUUGGAAACACCUUCUCUCGAAACGUCAGUCCUACCAUCGGAGCUUCUUUCUUCACCUUCUCAAUGUCAGUCGGAGGGUUCCGGAUAAAGCUACAGCUAUGGGACACGGCGGGACAAGAAAGAUUUCGCUCCAUGGCACCCAUGUACUAUCGCCGUGCCAACGCAGCCAUGAUUGUCUAUGACAUCACCAGAGAAAAGUCGUUUCAAGAGGCCCAGGAGUGGGUCAAAGAGCUAGAGAGCAAGGUCGAUGGAAAGAUAGCAUUAUGUGUGGUGGGUAACAAGUGUGACCUGACUGGAGAGAGAGAAGUGCCCAAAGACAGAGGGGAGACAUUCGCACACCAAUUAGGAGCCCUUUUCACUGAGACCUCUGCCGCUGAAAAUAUGGGUAUAAAAGAGGCCUUUCUGAAAGUGGCUCAGGGAGUCAUCAGCCUCUACCAGAAAAACCAGCUCACAACAAACCCGAACUUUGAACCUUCGUUUUCGCCAGUAAACAGCCACAGUUAUCCUCCGCACCCUCUUGCACACACGAAGCAGAGUGCUUAUUUCUACACGACGAGAUCGGUGGAGGCUAACGGACGAGUGAUGGUCGAUUCCAGCGACGCUAUUCACAACUGUGAUUCCAGAGACGGCAGUUCUAGAUGUUGUUGGUGACACAGUUUUUUUGUUGUCAUUUUUGUUCGUUUUCCUUUUUUUUUGUGUGUGUAUAAUUUAUGCGUGUGGUUUGCGUGUGUGAAAUUACAUCAUUUCUAUCAGUCCAAAUAAUUCAAGUGAUCAAGCCAAUAAACGGUCACGAAUCACACCCAGGACAUCUCUUUCAGUGGCCCUUGUGUGCGGUGCUUUGCCUUAACUUUGUUAACAUUACAUCAUAUGGAAUGCAUGUCAGCUGUCAUAAAAAAUUUUUUACCCAU